UUGCUUGUAGAAACUCUCCCUGUUUGUCAUCAUGUCUCUGUGUUCAAUGUUCUCCUCCUCAGGCUCUGGGUCUGCCCAUCACUGAUGCUCAGAUUGCAGAGAUGGAGAGCCAUGCAGAGGACAUUGACUUUGCCAUGGCGGCUGAAGAAGAGCGAAAGCUGAGGCACGAUGUCAUGGCGCACGUCCACACCUUUGCACACUGCUGCCCCACAGCUGCUCCCAUCAUCCACCUCGGAGCUACGUCAUGCUAUGUGGGAGACAAUACUGAUCUCAUUGCAUUGCGUGAUGGCUUCAACAUCCUCUUGCCCAAGCUGGCCAGAGUCAUCGACCGGCUGGCAAACUUUGCAGAGGAAUACGCUGACCUCCCCACGCUCGGCUUUACACACUUCCAGUGAGUCCGACUGCAGCUGCAGUGUUGUAGCUCAGACAGAGGUGAAGA